UCCCCCCUUGUCCCUCUUUACCGCACAAAGAAAGCUCACCAAAGAAGCUCAGGGAGCCCCACUUCCUCUGUGCGCCCAUUUUGAUUUUUGAUCCCCACACGCUCAUGUUCAUGACUUCAUGUCCCUACCAUACCACUGAAGAACUCAAACGCACUAGAAACUGGUAGAAUAAUUUGGCACAUCUUGCAUUCGAGCUCAGCCAUGCAUGUGUUUAUAUAUAUAACCUGCUAGAAAUCUAGAGCAUCAUGAACUAGACCAGAACCAUUUAUACCGCCGCUGAUGGUGAUGGCUGCCGCGUCCUUCGUCACCUACCUUCAGAGGCCCCGGGAGCUGCCGGUGCCGGAGUUCCGGGCGCCGCCGCCGUCCCCGGUCACCGGCGUCCUCGCGGGCAGCAGCUCGGGGUCGUCCGGGUACGGGGAGUGCCAGGAUGACGACGACGUCGGCAGGUUCCUGCGCUGCUCCGCCAGGGUCCCCGUGCUGCGGCUGCCGGAGAGGCCCGGCCCGCGGGGGAACAGGAAGAAGCAGGCGGCGUGGGCGCCGCCCGUCAUCGACGUGCGCGUGCUGGACUCGCCGUCGCCGGUGGCUGAAGGCGCGCAGCAGGCGGUGGAGGCGCUGAGGUCGGCGGCCGUCGCGUUUGGCUGCUUCCAGGUGGUCGGCCACGGGGUCGACGCGGGUUUGGUCCUGGGGGCGUUACGUGCUGCGACGGCGAGGGAAGGAUCGCCAGCGUCGGGGGAGGGUGGCGGAGGAGAUGAGGAUAUCGAGGAGCUGUGGUGGCCGCCCGGCGAAGGAGACGGAGAAAUGGCGGGAAAUCGGCCGCUGCGAAAUGGUGCCAAGCAAAUCAGGAACACAGCAGAUGACCUGUUCGCUCAGCUUGAGCAAGCUUCAACCAUGCUCCUGCACGCCUUGCAGCAAGGCAACAAGGAAGCCGCCGACGCCGCAGAAGCAACAUUGGCGAAGGCUGACGGAAACACCUCGCUUCUCUGCAUCCGCAAGCACCGACACGACGGCAGCAGCGCGUCCGGCCCGGUCAGCCAAGAUGACGUCCUGCGGAUGCUGGUUCGGAGCUCGCGCUGCUCGCGCGCCCUCGCCCUCCACCUCUGCCCCGGCGCGUCGGGGUUCCACGUCUUCUCCCGGCGAGGCUGGUCGAGGUUCCGGCCUCUGGACGGCGCCGUCGUGGUCACCGUCGGGGAGCAACUCCAGGCAUGGAGCUGUGGGCUCUACAAGAGCGUGUCUGGGAAACCAGCUUACAGCAGCGACGAUCGCCAAGGAGACGGCGGGGACGGUGCCGUGUCGGCAGAGUUCUUCCUCUCCUGCGCCUCGGUCAGCGCAGCAAAGGACUCCCUGAACUUGGGCGCCGGCGGCAAGGUCUUCCCGCUGAAUCUGCAGAUCAUCGUAGCAGCUUGCCUUGUGCUGGUUUACCAUUUCUUCCUCUCAUGCUCCUAUUGGUGAUGUUCAGUUCAGCAGCUGCGGGGCUUGUUUCCCCUGCCUGAACAUGCAAGUAACAGCAAAAACUUGUUUGCCACUGUUCGUCAGCUGAAAUGUCAGGAAAAAAGUACUAACCAAAUUUGGCCAGGGAAAGUGUUGCUCGUA